AUGCGUUCAUUCGUUUCAAUCACCGCCGCGGCGGUGGUCGCCCUUCCUUUCGCUAUGGCAGCGCCCAGGUCGUCCAAGAUGGAGGCCAGGUACUACAACCCGGAGCAGGUUAUUGACACUGAUGUUGUCAUUAUCGGAGGUGGAGGUAUGGGUGCUUACUCUGCCAUCCAGCUCAAGGACAUGGGAAAGAGGGUCGUGGUUGUUGAGAGCUCGCACCGCCUUGGAGGUCACACCGAAACCUACAUGGACCUCGAGACUGGAUUCCCCAUCGACAUGGGAGUCAAGCUGUACCAUGACGAACCUUUGGUGCACCAGUGGUUCGCACGCUUCAACCUCACUCUGGGCCCAGCAAGCCCUUUCCCUACCGGCCCAACCCAGCAGGUUGACUUCAGGACUGGUCAGGUGUUGCAGGGCCUCCCUCCUGCCAACCAAACCGCCUUGGCUGUUGCUCUGGCGAAGUACGGCGCCGUCCUCGCACAGUACCCUCAACUUGAGGGUGGCUUCUACCUCCCCGACCCCGUCCCCGAGGACCUCUACAUGCCGUUCGGCCAGUUCGUCCAGAAGUACGACAUCGCAGAUGCAGUGCAAACCAUCUUCGGUCUCACCUCCGCCUUUGGUGACAUCCUCGAGCUUCCUGCCAUCCAGCAGAUCCGCACCAUGUCUCUCGGUCUCCUGAAGACUAUGCAGAGCUUCAAGACCAGCUCGGUGAUGAACAACAGCAUGCUCUUCGAGGCACUCACUGCCGAGCUGCUUGCCUCCAACUCUGUACUCCUUUCCUCCAGGGUCCGCAAGACCGCACGCGUGAGCAAGGUCGACGGCGGCGUCAAGGUCCUCGUCGAUACCCCCAAGGGCCAGCGUCUCAUCCAAGCCAAGAAGAUCCUCAUGGCCAUUCCCCCCACGCCCGAGAACCUCACCCCAUUCGAUCCCAGCGGCGAUGAGAUGAAGAUCUUCAGCCAGUUCACUUCUGUCGGCUACUACACCGCCAUCAUCAGGCACGCCGCUCCUACCAACGUCACCCUCAACAACCUCGCACUUGACAAGCCAUACGCGCUGCCACCUAUGCCCGCCAUCUACAACGUCUUCCCCACCGUCAACCCUACACUCAACCAGGUCUUCUACGGCACCAAGGUCGGUCAGCACCUCAGCGACGAGGAGGCCCAGGCCGCUAUCCUUGCGGACCUCAAGCGCUUCCACGCUAUGAACAACAUGACCGGUCCCGAGCCCGAAAUCGUCGCUUUCAGCAACCACAGCCCCUACAACAUGAUGGUCGGUGGCGAGGCUACCAAGAACGGCUUCUACAAGGACUUGUACGCUCUGCAGAGCAAGCGCAACACUUUCUGGACUGGUGCUGCGUGGAGGGCGCAUGAUAGCUCCAGCAGCUGGGCUUACACUAGCAGGAGUGUGCUGCCGGCGCUUGUCGCUAGCCUGUAG